UAAAAAUGAGUGAUGUGAACGACGAAGUUGCAAAGGCAUAUAAACAACAACUGGAGAGCCAAGCCAAGGAGGUGUUUCUACCUUUCCGAUGCUUCUGCUCACGGAAGGACAUCAAAUGUAAUGAAGUCAUACUGGAAGACACGGACAUCUCUAAAGCCUUAAUUGAUUAUGUCUCAUCCUUUCCAAUCGAGACUCUAGUACUUGGCGCACCCUCAAGAAGCGGCUUUGUUAGAAGGUUCAGGACAGCGGAGGUUACAACUAAUGUCUCAAAAGGGGCUCCCGAUUACUGCACUAUAUAUGUGAUUGGCAAAGGAAAGAUCUCGUCAGUGCGAUCCGCUUCUGCUCCCCCUCCCCCGCGUCCUCAGUCUCAGCCUCUGUUGCAACCCCAACCCAAUAAUAACAUUCCCGACCCAACGGAAUCUCCUUCUUCCGCUCGCGCUGUUGUUAACCCCAGACACAGAGCACCCCAGAGACCCCAUAAUCCACAUCGCAACCUGCAUGAAGAAGCAGAAAUCAAGUCACCCUUCACAAGAGCACGAAAUGUGAUGAAAUAUGAGCCCCCGACUCCUGAAUCUGACAUCUCAUUCGUAAGCAGUGGAAAGCCGAGCAGCGAUACCAUGUUCUCUUCUACAUCUGACAAUAUGGAAUUUGGAAAUCCCCCCCGGCUUUCCAGCUGCUCCGAUUUUGACAACAGAAGCAUGGCCUCCUCCGUGGAUUUCAGUUCCCAGUACAAUUUCUCAUUUUGCUCCGAGGAAAGUGGUAGGACAUCCUGGUCAUCUCAUAACAUGGUAAGCAUUAAAUAUAUAUAUUCCUUUCAUUUCAUCAUCAUUAACUGCUCAAACUUAAUUAACUAUUGAGAUGGAUGCAUGCCACAGGAUGAUGUGGAAGCUGAGAUGAGAAGACUGAAACAGGAGCUCAAGCAGACCAUGGAUAUGUACAGUGCAGCCUGCAAGGAAGCACUCUCAGCAAAGAAGAAGGCAAUGGAACUUCAGAGCUGGAAAAUGCAAGAAGAGCAAAAGAAAGAAGAGGCACGAGUAGCUGAGAAAGCUGCACUCUCACUUGCAGAAACGGAGAAAGCCAAGUGUAAUGCAGCCAUUGAGGCAGCCCAAGCAGCCCAACGAAUUGCUGAACUAGAAGCUCAAAAGAGCACGAAUAUAGAAAGGAAAGCCAACAUAGAUGAUGCUGAUGAUGAUGACAUGAAUAUGGCAUUAAAUGGUUUCGGACACCAUCUCAUGUACCGAAAAUACACCAUUGAAGAGAUUGAAAUAGCAACAGACAAUUUCUCUCCAUCUCGCAAAAUAGGAGAAGGAGGUUAUGGGCCUGUGUACCACAGUAACCUGGACCACACCCCGGUGGCAAUAAAAGUUCUACGUCCAGAUGCAACCCAAGGACAAUCACAGUUUCAGCAAGAGGUUGAAGUGUUAAGCUGCAUACGACAUCCAAACAUGGUCCUUCUCCUUGGAGCCUGCCCAGAGUAUGGGUGCCUAGUCUAUGAAUACAUGGCGAAUGGAAGCUUAGAAGAUCGACUGUUUAUGCACAACAACAGUCCCGUACUUCCAUGGCAAAUAAGAUUUCGAAUAGCCGCAGAGAUUGCGACGGGUCUCCUUUUUCUCCACCAUACCAAACCGAAGCCACUUGUGCACCGUGACCUUAAACCCGCCAAUAUAUUGCUAGAUCACAAUUAUGUGAGCAAGAUUAGCGAUGUUGGGCUAGCUAGACUUGUUCCUCCAUCAGUUGCCAACUCUGUAACUCAGUAUCGUAUGACGUCAGCAGCAGGAACAUUCUGUUACAUAGAUCCUGAAUAUCAGCAAACUGGAAUGCUAGGGAUAAAGUCUGAUGUCUACUCCCUGGGGAUCAUGCUUUUACAAAUAAUAACAGCUAAGCCACCAAUGGGUUUGGCUCAUCGUGUUGAGAAUGCCAUCGAGGAGGGAAGUUUUGCUGAGAUACUAGACCCUGCUGUCACUGACUGGCCAUUGGAAGAGGCCUUGAGCUUUGCUAAGUUAGCCCUUAAGUGUGCGGAACUGAGACGAAGAGACAGACCCGAUCUGGGACAGGUUGUGUUGCCACAUCUUAUCAAGCUGAGAGAUCUUGCAGAGUCGAACAUGCCUUUUAUGACGUUUGGAGGUAGUGCAGGGCCUUCCCCAAAUAACACCCAAGUUUCCACCUCCUCGAUGCUGCAGGUAUACUCUCUCAUUAAUGUCACCCAAAACAAGCUUUAUAUUUAUAUUUUGAUUAAUUUGGUGCUCGCUUCUUAGGAUUUUCUUAAUCAACCUCCACAGUUCUUGCAUUCUGAAUGCGAUAGCAUAAGCAGCGGCUCAGACUAAUUAUUGUUGUUUCCUUAAAAAGACACCACCAUCAUCAUCUAAGUGAGCAUCAACGUACGGCUCCUGU